GGCGACGGGCAGCCGGGCCCGGGCGGAUAGCGGCGAUGCCCAAGGCCGGCGAUACUCUGUGGGAUAUUGCUAGAGAUGAAGUAGAGAAAAGAGAAAACAACGGCGACGAUGGCAAGCGCGUGGAAGUUUGGGAAAAAUCAGUGUUGUUUAUGGGAAGCAAAAACGGGGGGAAGACCACUAUCAUACUGAGGUGUCUAGAGAGGGAAGAGGUUCCAAAGCCAACGUUAGUUUUGGAAUAUACCUUUGGGAGAAGGGCAAGGAGACACAAUGCACCCAAAGAUAUAGCUCAUUUUUGGGAAAUAGGUGGUGGAACCUCGUUACUGGAACUGAUUCGAAUACCAAUCACUGUCAACAAUAUAAGGUCAUUUGCAGUAGUUCUCGUAUUGGAUCUGUCCAAACCUAAUGAACUCUGGAUGACUAUGGAGAAUCUUCUGCAGGCCACCAGAAACCACGUGAAUAAAAUUUUAGCCAAACUGGAAAAGACAGAUCCUGAAGUAGCUGGUGAAAUUAAGCAGAAGAUGCAGAACAAUCUACAGAGGGAUCAUCCAGAUUAUGACUUGGUUGACCCUUUUCCAAUACCCUUGGUGAUUAUUGGAAGCAAAUACGAUAUAUUUCAUGAGUUUGACUCUGAAAUGAGAAAAAUAAUAAGCAGGACACUUCGAUUUGUUUCGCACUAUUAUGGAGCAUCACUGGUGUUUACCAGUAAAUCUGAGGCUCUCCUGCUGAAAGCUCGCGCUCUUAUUAAUCACUUGGCAUUUGGCUAUGAUAGAAGCAAGUCCGUAUCAGUGGAUCACAGCAAACCACUAUUUAUCCCAGCAGGCCUGGAUUCACUGAGCCAAAUAGGGCCACCACCCACCUCAGACAGCAACAUCGGAAAGAUGCGUGCAAACACACCUUUAGAACUGUGGAAAAAAGUGUUUGAGAAGACAUUUCCUCCCAGGAGUUUCAGUGAUUUACAAGAUAGCAAGGAUCCUGCACAGGAUUCACAGUAUGCUGAAUAUGAAGUUGAUGUCAUGAGAGCUCAGAAAAACCAGGUGUGUGCUUGUUCUGCAAUUGCUCUUCACAGUCAGGAAUUUGAACAAUACAAAAAAAAUGCCUCCAAAUCCUGGAAAGAAAUGGAUUUUGAUCCUGAUUGAUGAACUGCUGAAGGCACUAAGUUUCACAUUUGCAGGAUUUGAAUAUGAAGGUGGCGUCAGUCCUAUCUGUUUUAUAAUUUGUAACAAAUUACUCAUUCUUUUUUUCUUUUUAAUGAUACUACCCUAAUCAUGUGCGUAAAUGCAUACAAGUUUUCACAUCCGCAGUAUGAACUCCAUGGUUAAAUACACCAGGCUUCUUCAAAAGCAAAGCUUAAGAAUGCAUUUCCAUCAUAAUUUGACCUAUUUGAAUAGUUCCAGAAAAAUGUGCAGAACAAAAUAGAAUUAAAACCAAUUUUGAUCUGAUCUAAAAUUUACAAAUCUUCUUUAUCUCAGCUUCAGUAUCAUGAAGUUUGAUUCUCCUCUGCUGUGUUUCAAUACCUUUGCGCAUUCAAUUCAAAACAAGACAUUUCUGUCAAAUAUUCUAAUGCUGUAAGUCAUUCUAAUAAAUUUUAAAAAUAUUUUGUUAGUGGUGGAAGUUUAAUUAAUUCUCAUUCAACCUAAGCUAGAGAAAUGCUGACCUAAAUAUACACGGCUUUUUGUACAUGGACUUCCUCACUGCAGUCAGCUGGGCUGAGUCUUCUGAGAAUAAGCAAGACAAGAUCUUCAUUGAAGCCAGAGAUGGCUCUUGAGAGCUAAGACUUGUAGACUUGUCAGAGAGUAAAUGCCUAAACAGGCACUUGGCAGAGCAGAAUGCAAGAAUAUUCCCUGAUGAACAACUCUCUAUGUGGGCAUAAAAAUGGCAAAGACAAAUUAACCUGGUAUCAUUCCAUCCUUUUAGAUAUAUUUUUUUCAUGUAUUUGUUUAUUGAAUUUUUUGUUCAUGUAACUUUUGUAUCUGAGAAUAUUAUACAUAAAAAUAAUGAGAAGAAAAUCUUGGCCUUGGCCAGUUAAGUGAAAAGCUGGCAUUAACUUGGGGAUUCCAUACUUGUUAAAAUGUGUUUUAUCUUAAAACUGUAAAAUUAAACUAAUUAUUUUACUAUGGAAUUUUAAGGUACAAGUAUACUUAACUCUUUCAGUUAUUUAAGACUUUCAGUUUUGAGAGUUACUUGCUUCUAUUUACUCAUUGGAUAAAUUAACCCCUUUGAAGUAUUAGUGAGCCCGUGAGAAUGAUUUCCAGAGAAAGAUGCAAAUAACAUCUCUCUCAAGAAAAGGGAGACAACAUUUAUGUAUGUUUUUCCCUAGUUGAACUGAUACUUUAUUAAUAAACAAUUUUUCCCCCUAGUAAUUCACAGACUGCUUCCAAAACAAGAUUUAGAACUGAAUACCAAGAAGAAAGAGCAAAUAUAAAUAACAUAACUGCCUUCUGUGAUCUGGCAAUGCUUACAAAACAAAAACAUUUGGUAACCUUUAUGUUGCUUAAAGAUGUUGUACUCAUGGAUGCUGUGGUUGGAUUGGAUGCAUAAGAUUAAAGUGAUUUCUUGAUUCUGUCUUUUA